AUGUUGGGGAUCCGUGAAAGGUUCUGGGACAAAAAGCUUGUAUUAAAGGGGGAGUUCUGGGGAACCAAUUGUCAAUUUCUUUCAGGGGUCCUCUCUAAACCUACACUGAGAGCAGUGCCAGGAAAUGUGGUAGCCACUGGGAACCAGGUGGCAUUCUUGUGUGAAGGGCCCUCAGAGGCCAAAGAAUAUCGUCUCUACAAAGCAGGAAGUCAUGAAUACCUGAUACCAACAGCCCUUCUAGAAACUGAGAAUAAGGCCAAGUUUUCUAUCUCUUUGGUUCAAUGGAACAAUGCAGGCCAAUAUUGGUGUUCUUAUACAAGCACCAGUGGCUCAUUAGAAAACAGUGACAUCGUGGAGCUGGUGGUGACAGUUGACCCCAGCAAUGUCACUCUGUCAGCCAUUCCCAGCCCUGUGGUGACUUCAGGAGGGCGAGUUACCCUUAAGUGUGAGUCACAAGAGCCGUAUAAUAUGUUCAUUCUAAUGAAGGAUGGUGAGAAGUUUUUGAGUCCUAAACCCUCACAGAAAAUAUACUCUGACAUAUUUAGAGCCCUGUUCUUGGUGGAUCCUGUGACCCCCAACAAGAGGUGGAGGUUCACAUGCUAUGGUUAUUACUUGAGCAGCCCUCAGAUGUGGUCAGUGCCCAGUAACCAACUGGAGCUCCUUGUAUCAGGGACCCUUGAAAAGCCCACCAUAUGGGCUGACCCAGGCUCUGUGAUCACCUCAAGGAGUUUUGUUACCAUCUGGUGUAAGGCAACACAACCAACCCUAAUCUAUGUGAUAUAUAAAGAGGGAAGCCCAGAUCCUCGGGACCAACAGAACCAAAUAGUCUACAAUAAUAAUGCAAAUCUCACCAUUUCAUCUAUGACAGAAUUGAAUGCAGGGAGAUAUCACUGCUACUCAUACACCUCUGCUGGAUGGACAGAACGCAGUAACAGCUUAGAGCUGGUGGUGACAGGUGAGAGAAACUCAAAAAUCCUUGCCCCAGAAGUCACUCUCCUGAAACACUGCUAA